CAGAAUCCAUCACGGAGAUCAUCAUCUAAACUAAUAACUCCCAUGAGACUUGGAACAAUUUCAUUGAUUGUCAUGUGACUUUUUGUGAGCGAGCAUGUGCAGUGGGUCCAUUCAGCCUGUGACAGUUCGGAAGUACACAACACAUCGACAAGACGUGCAUCGCUCACAUGGCGAUGCACAGUCAACCAAGCUUAGCCAUUUAGUCCUCUUUCAUGCAUGACAAAACAUGCAAAUUGGUUAUCCUAUGCUGGGCCUGCACUCCGAUGUGCAGUAUUACUGGCAAGCCAAUGUUGCUUUUGGAUUUAUUCUACAGACAGAGUGUAAUGAUGACAGACAUCUGUGUGACAGUUUUCUUCCAUCCUCUAUGGUACUAAGUCAUGACAAACAUGGGCAAGAAAUUGUUACGUUCCUUUAAUGCCCAGUUAUUGAAGUUUAAAGUAAUGUGUGGUUUGUCUAUGGACUCGGCAGCCAAAGAAGAAAAGGCUGUUGCUUCAGUGUGCCAAGACCCCAUCCCUGUUGCCAGAUUCCUUCACACACUCCGACAGAAGAAGUCAGACAAGCAGCUCAACAUUGAAGUCAGGGCCAUUGUGCGGAACCAGGAGGAAUUUCCAUGUACCACGGCCAUGUCCCCCCGAAACAUCAACUUCAACAUCAAGCAGGAAGUGGUAACAUACGACCACAGCCGGGUGAUACUCUGGGAUGUGCCUCCCCACAUUAAAAAUGACUACAUCAACUCAAGUUUCAUUGACGGCUAUUACCUGACGAAGGAGUACAUCGCUGCUCAAGGGCCCACAAGCAGAACUUUAGCAGCAUUCUGGCACAUGAUCUGGCAGGAAGGGGUGCAUUGUGUUGUCAUGGCAACUGGACUUUUUGAAAAUGCUGCUCAACAAUGUGAGAAGUAUUGGGAUGUCUUCCUUGGAGUCAAGAAAUAUGUCCGUCAUGGGGACAUCCAUAUUUGGAACAAAGAUGCUGUUUUCAUGGCACAGCUCAACAUCAGGACAUUUCGGAUACAGAAAGAAGGUAGCUCAGAAGAGAGGGUGGUCAGGCAUUUUGAAAUGCUUGGUUUCCAUGACAACGAAUGUGCAGACCCGGGAUUUAUUUUGGAUGUAAGACGACGAGUCAGCAGUUUUAUGAGCACAUCAUCAGGACCAGUUCUUGUACAUUGCAGGUGUGGAGGUGGCAGGACAGCAGUGUUCAUUGCUGUUGACUACUGUCUGAAGCAGAUCGAGGCUGAGGAGAGAGUAGACAUCUACAGCUGUGUGCUGCACCUACGGCGCUUCCGCAAAAAUAUGGUCAGGACACUGGGCCAGUACCGCCUCAUCUACGACACUAUGGCCAUGUACUUACAGACUGGCUGGACUGUGUGCCCAGCUACACUCCUGCCAGCCACGUAUCUCAGGUACUACAGCAAGAAUGCUGAACCCAAACAACAGAAGCUGGACAGAGAGUUCCAGACAUUACACACGGUUGUUCCUCGGCUGAGUAUUGGGGACUGUGCCAGUGGACAUCGUGUGGAGAACCGCAGUAAGAGCCGGGACAUCAUGAUGCUGCCUCCUGAGCGAGCCCGACCCUACCUGAUGACAAAUGACUCAGGAGACAGUGGUACAGACUUCAUCAAUGCAGUGUAUGUUGAUGGCUACAGUCAGGAGAACACCUACCUCUGUACACAGUGGCCCAAGAAGAACACCGUGAACGACAUCUGGAGGUUGCUGUAUGACUACAAGAUCAACACACUCGUCAUCCUCAACGAUGUCAAGUUCUCUAGGUCAUAUCCUCGGUUCUGGCCCAAGCAGCUGGAGGAUGAAAGUAAAUAUGGCCCAAUAGCUGUCAAGUACCUGGGAUGUGGGCGGUACACACAGAUUGUCAUCAGAGCUUUCUCUAUUCGCAAGAGCACAAGUAAAGCGCCCUCUAGUGACGACAUGGUGGUGAAGAUGUUCCAGAUUACCGGCAGCAGCAGCCGAUCCCACAUCCAUGUGUCGGCCAAGUCCCUCACAUACGUCAUGCACUGCGCUGACCAGUGGCAGAGGAAGACCAACCCCCUGAACCCCAUCUGUGUCAUGUCCAAAGAUGGUUCUUGUCGGAUUGGCAUCUACUGUGGCAUCAACAUCUGCUCAGAACAGCUGAAAACGGAUGGCGAGGUAGACAUCUUCAAUGCUGUGAGACUCAUCAAACGAAACAGACCACAACUUGUGCCAAAUAUUGAUGAAUAUCGUUACAUUUACCAGUUCAUGGCCGAGUUUGCUGCUUCCAGUGGAGCCAAGCCCCAAAUAGUGAUCACUGGGUCUGAAGGCGAAGCCACAAACUAUGCCUUUGAGGACAAUCACUGUACGGAAGGUGAAUCUAGUGACGAUGAUGAACCACCAUCACAGCGUAGUAGUAGAUCCGGGAGUUUUGACACCGCUUUAGAUGAUCCGAUGGACUGCUAUGUUCCAGCGACAGUUAACGCUCAAGCUAAACUAAGUGCCUGUAUCACCCAGCUAACCCCCCACAUGUCUCCCCAGUUCUUCAAGGCGGACCGGUGGAGUUACUCUUCCACGGACAGUUUGUGUGGUUUUGAGACAGCUAGCGAGAGCAACAGGACAGCUUUGGCAACACCAGAUUCCGUUCUCACAAACGAUAGUCAUUUCACAUUCGAAAGGAACAAUAAUUUUACUCCUGAGAAAAGGCUUCGAGACAAGUUUAGUCCUGUUCGAGUUCUCAACCACUUGAAAGCACCUAUAGAUCCAACAGCUUCUAACUAUGGGUGAGGAAUAGCUUGCUUGAUCUGGGUUCCGUCAACAGGCCAUCCUGUUCUAGUAGCCAGCAGCUACCGUGUUCUAAUGUUGCCCUUGGGCUCAAGAGAAGCUUGUAGACCGGAGAGUAGCCGCAGGAUUAGCUGGGCCAGCAGCUUCAGGAAUCGAUGGCUUACGACAUGGAGGCAGAGACGAACAAGAGAAACUGUUCACGAGAGACCACAAGUAUUUUUGAAAGGUGAUAAAUUUAUCAAGCUUCACAAGAUAAAGAAAAGCUUUUCACUUUUCAAAGCAUUUUUACCUUGAAAGGAAAUUUAUGGUUAGAAGUUGCAUGAGGAUACGAAGUUACGAAUCCUUGAAAUGCUGCUGUAUGCGUGUCAUGUUCAUCAGACCAGAGACACGGAACUAUUUGCAAAGUGCACAUGAGCUCCCAUAAUGGCAUUGGAAGUGGGAUGGUAAUAGCUAGUUCCAAGUGUGAAAGUAGAAUUUUCAUUGAAUUAAAUGUACAACAAUGGUACAAGUUGUACAAGGAGCAUUAAUAGUUUCCAUUUUUCACUCAUAUUUGCUAUGAUACCAUUGAACAAUGAAAGCAAUGUUUGGGCAAAAUACACAUUUUAUUUUUACUAUUAUCCAGUCCUAUUUCAGAUUCAAUAACCUCAAAGUGCAAUAUUCCUAUUUGUAGUCCACAAUAUGUGCUGCACAUUGUUUGACAUUGUGGUGUUAGGAUUGCAAUUGUUUGGUAUCAAUCUGACUAUAUUAGACGCACAUGUUUACAAGUUGUAUCAUUGUGUUACAACAAAUGAAAUUAAUCUACACCUCUUUAUUAAAUUCAAUACACUAUUUUUCACAUUAUAGUCUUUGAUAUUGACAACAUAUAGGAACGCAGGAUAUUUCUGUUUUCUGACAUCGGUAACAGUAUCAGAGGUGAGGUGAGGUGAAAUGGGGUUUAACGUC